AAAAAAAAAAAAAAAAUCUUUACAACUGAAAAAAGAAAGACAUGAACAUCUUAGAUGACAAGGGGGUGAAUACAUUAUCUGUACAUUUUUGUUCUGGAAGUGGACUUUAAUAUCCUUUAAUAUCCUUGCUUAAUAGGGAAAUAGUGGCUUUGGAAAAGGGACAGUGUUCCCAAAAAAGCAGUUUCCAUUUAUGAUUUUUAUAAAUAUAAUAGUAUAGAAUUAAUAUGUUACUUUGAAAAGUACUUAUUUGUACCUUUUCACAUUUGUACCUUUUCACAUUUGUACCUUUUCACUUUUGUACCGUAGGGUACCGCCCCAGUGACAGAACUUUUUUUUUUUUUUUUUGUUUUUUGUUUUGAUUGUUUAAAAUUAUAAUUUACACAUAAUACAUUAUUACUCAUACAUCUCAUACUGUUUUACAAUGUGCUACAACACUGAGGUGUAUAUAAUUGCAUUUAAUUUGCAAUAAGUAGUAUAAAUAGCAAAAAAUAUUUAUCUGCUAUUUUUACAUAGUAUAAACAGAAUCUGUCAUUUUUCCCUGUCAAAACUUUGUCGCCCUCUGGAGGCCAUUAUUGAUUUCUCACAGCAGCUUCACAAUGCUGCAGAGCAGGGGUCACCAAACCCAGUCCUGGAGAGCCAGUGUCCCACAGAGUUUAGCUUCAACCCCAAUAAAACACAUCUAGAACCAGCUAAUCAAGCUCUUAUUAGGCAUACUAAAAACUUCCAGGCAGGUGUGUUCAGGCACGUUGGAGCUAAACUUUACUAGUAAAAAUGUACUAGUAAUUUCUGAGUGAGAUUUUUUCAGCAUGUGUAGUACUAAAGUAUUAACAUGUACUUUUUCCAUAAACAGAGAUUUUAUGUGAGAGAACAAUGAAAUAUUUAGAAAUACAAUGAGUGGUGUGUUGGCAUCAGAGAGAAUUAAAAACCACCAACAUUUAAGUGGCACAGAAACCAAACACACAGGCUAUGCAGAAAAUGUAACAUUAAAAAUUCAGCUAUCCUAUUGAGCUUGUUUCAUGUUAAAAAUUUAGCAUGCUUAUGUAUACAUGUAGUUAAUGAUAUUUGCCAUUUCAGAGUUUCGUUUUUGUUACAUUUUUGUAUGAUAAACUGUUUUGUUUCUGUAUUGGGUUUCCACUAGAUGUUCAAUGUAAAAUCUGGGUUCUGAAGUAAAACCAGUUUAGAACAAUUGAUGUAUAACAACAUACAGCCAAAAAAGAAUAUAAUAUAUCACACUGAAAGCUAAAUGAAUUGCAAAGUAACUACAAAAUGUGGUCAGUGCAAACUUGACUUCAGCUUCCUCUUGAUGUGGCUGAAAUUCCCCCGCUUGAAACUUCUGGGGUGAAGCUUCCUUUCAAACAGCAGAAAUCUACACAGCAUCAUGCUAAAGUCUUUUAACAUCAUGAAGAUCAUGCAGCUUCAUCUCUAUUUGUUCAUAUGGUGUCAAUCUGCAGAGACUUUAACAGACCAACUAACAGAUUUGGGUCACAAUGUGACUAUAAACUGUGAUGUUGAUGUAAAGGAGGUUAACUGGUUAUUACUGAAACUACCAGAUCCUCCAUUUAUGAUAUUACGCACUUCCACAACUUCAGCUACUUUUUACUACAAUAAAAUAUUUAGACAAAAAUAUUCAGUGCAAAGUAAACAUCGUCUGUUCAUAAAUAAUGUCACUCUUGAUGAUUUAGGACUUUAUUACUGUGUGACCACAGACUCUCCUCCAAAAUACAGCGAUGGCACCAGACUACACAUCACUGAUCCAACUCUAAAUCUAGAUAGCAAGAAUUACACUGUGGGGAAUCAUACAGUGGUGAAGUGCAUUGAGAAGGAUCAGUCCCAUUUGCUUAUUAUCCUCAUAUCUGCUGUGUUUAAUGGAGUUCUAAUCAUUGUGAUCAUAGGACUAGUAAAGGUGUUUGUUCUUGGAAGCAAGAGAACCAGAGACAACUUGAAACGAUCUCAAGAUCCACAUCUACAACAGCCUCAAGUUAUAGAACCUGAACAACCACAAAACUCAAGCCAAGUGCAGUACGCUACAGCAGACUUUUCGACACCAUGUACAAGGUUUCAGCCUCGCCAAAUAAACGGCACAUAUGCACUUCUAGAGCUGCCAGAAUGAACGACACAUAAUAGCAUCUGACCCUUUUUCUCAUUUCAUUUAAAAAUGUAUUAAGUAUUUCUUAAAUAUAUGUAGAUUUCUUUAAUCAGCAUAUUCAGCUCACUAUAUGUUUUUGACCCCAAGGGUUGUGGACUGUUUCAUUUAGUAUAGCAUGGGCGUUCAUGUGAAUUGUAAGUUGUGCUUACCACAUAUUUAUCUUAGAUGUCACAUAGUUAAAUGUUAUGACUCAUGUUUUGAUUUCUAUUUUUUGAGCUUGCAUAAUGAACAAUUACAUUGGCAGAAAUACUGCUUAAUGCUAUAAUGUUAAUAAGUUUUGAUUUGAUUGGUGCUUAAUAAAAAUGUUUGCAGUCAGAUGUUGUAGCUAUAGGCUGUAAGUCAAACAACAGAACAACAAAGUUAUUUAGGGUAACUUCCUAGUUGUCUUGAGUGCAAUUCAGUGUUCAGAUGUCUUUGUUAAUGAUCAUUAAACUGAUUUCCUACAUA